UUUUUUUUUUUUUUUUGUUGCGCUGUGCAGCCACCAAAUUGUAGGAAAACGAAAAAAAAAGAGGCUGUAUAUAAAAACUCUAGCGGAAAAUACUGGUGAACCCGAAGUUGGCAGUAAUGAAUGUCGAUCAGUGGUAUUUUACCAAGGACGAUUUAUUAGACACACCAACCAUUUGUCAUGGCAGAACUUUUGAGGACGAGCAGCUUGAUCGGAUCAAAGGGUGUCAUUUCCUUCUUGCCGUUGGUGCCAAGUUAGGCCUUCCACAACUAGUCGUAGUAACCGCUACCACCUUCUUUCAUCGCUUCUACAUGAGACAGUCCAUGACCAACCAUCAUGUAUAUGACAUUGCCUCAACGUGUUUAUUUAUUGCAACCAAAGUAGAGGAAUGCACCAGAAGGUUUAAGGAUAUUGUAUUGGCUUGUGCAAGGAAGGCUUCAAAGAACGAUAACUUACGUUUAGAGGAAGACUCAAAAGAGUUUACACGUUGGAAGGAGUCACUGCUUCAUAAUGAGAUUAUUGUAUUGGAUACCUUGUGUUUUGACCUUUCUGUCGAACAUCCCCAUACCAGCUUAAUGAGAUUCGAAACUCAAUUAACAGUUUCGUCAUCAUCGAUUCGUAAAGCAUGGAUGUUGCUAUAUCAAAGCCUUGGCGCCCCACUUUGCGUCUUAUAUAAGCCAAAUAUAAUUGCUGCAGCGGCUUUGCUGCUUGCAACAAAUCUUUCUUCGAGUGACCGUUUAAAUGAAAAUUGGUACGAAAACCUACAUGAUAUUGACGUUGUUCAAGUACAUGAACUUGCGGCUGAAAUGCUCGAGUAUUUCAUGGAUCAUUAUCUUGUAAGAUCCUCAUCCUCGCAGGCUAAUUCACCACAUCCAUCGCAACAAAUGCAUCUCGCUCAUUAAUCAUAUAUAUAUAUAUUUGUGUAUAUGUAUAUACAAAGAAAGACGAAAACAACCAAACAAAAAAUUAACCCAAAAAUUAGAAUCCUUUCUUUUACAUUAUAUUAUUAUUAUUUCCCCUCUUUUUUAUAAGCAAUCAUCAUUCUUUUUUUUUUCUUUUUUUUUUUUUUUUUUAUUACUGUAAUAUAAACAAACUUUUUUUCUCUCUCCAA